AUGGGUGGCAGUGAAGGGGUGACAGCAUCACGAUGUGGCAGGGCUGCGGUGCAGGUGGCAGUGCCAGGUGCAGGUGGUGGCGGCAGUGCCAGCGUGGCGACAGUCCCCACCGUCCUUUCCCUUUCGCUCUGUGAAGGAGGCGGAGCCAGGAACCGCCUGGGGGGACCCAAGGGGGGGUCCGGCCCCGGCCCAUAUGCCCCUGCCCGGGAUGUCCGCUCGCCCUGGGAGUGGGUCUGUGUCCCCCCGACGGUAGCACGGACGGGGCUGGGCCGGAGGUCGCGAGGGGUCCCCGAGUUGAGGGGUGGGGGGUCGGUGCACACCGGGACAGACCCACUUGGGCACAACUUGGGGACAAAGGCGGGGGCCGUCCGGGGGGGGAUGCGGGGGGGCUCAGGGUCUGACAAGUCCCUACACCCCCGCCUGCGGUGCCCCCUCCCGGGCCCUGUGCCCCGGACCCGGUGCCACUCGCCCCGGGCCCUGUGCCCCCUGGUCCGGCAGGGAAAGGGUUACAGCCCCGCGGAACCGGUCCGGGUAUCACCUGCCGGGCAAGGUGGCGUUGGGCAUGAACAGGGGGAUGUCGCGGUGCCCCUCAGCCCCCACCCUGACCCCCCCCGGGACCCCUUGGCCAUGCUGCGGGAAUCCCCCUUCCCCAACCGGGGACUGGCAGCCCUGGAGUGGCUGUCGGAGGGGCUGCUGGCCCCCAGUUUCUGGGCGCUGAACGGGCUGCUGGACCUGCGGCCGACUACCGAGGAGCGGGGGCGAUGGGGGCAGCGCCGGUGCGGGCGGUGCCGGAGUUGCACGGGGCGGAUCCUGGCGGUACCAGGGUACGCGGGGGUGAUGGUGCUGGGGCUGCCCUUAGCGGUGCUGGGGUUGCUGCUCUGGCUGCCGGUCCAAGCGGUUCGGAGACCCUUCGCCUACCAGUAUGUGGCCAGCACCGAACCGGGCCAGCCCUGGGACUUGCGGCAGCGCCGGAGCCUGACCCUGCUCAGCGCCAACCUCUGCCUUCUACCAAGUGGAUUGGCCAAGUUUACUGGUGGGGCCGCGGCACCACUGGGACGGGGGAUACGGGGGGACACGCAGCACGGUGGAGGUGGCAGUGCCAUUGGAGCCGGUACCAUCGGAACCAGUGUCCACAGAGCCGGUGCCACUGGUCCGGAGGCACGGGAGGCAGUGCCGGUGCCAUUGAGCGAUCACUUCCCCUCGGACGCCGACAUCAUUUGCCUUCAGGAGGUUUUCGACUCCGGGGCUGCCACCAUCCUGCGCCGGCAGCUGGGGGGCACCUUCCCCCACGUCCUGCACGGGGUGGGGGGCCGGGGGCUGCGGGGAGGCCAGCUGAAGCUCCUGGACAGCGGGCUACUGCUAGCCAGCCGGUACCAGCCACUGGCCGCACGCUUCCACAGCUUCCCCAAUGGUGCCGGUGAGGAUGCAUUGGCUGCCAAAGGGCUGCUGGUGGUCCAGGUGCUGCUGGGCUCGGUACGGGGGCGGCGGGUCGUGGGCUACGUGGGCUGCACCCACCUGCAGGCUCCUGCAGGCGAUGCCACCAUCCGGGAGGCGCAGGUGACGCUGGCGUUGGGGUGGCUGCAGAGGUUCCAGCAGGAGCAGGAGCAGCCGGGGGACCUGGUGGCCUUCGACAUCUUCUGCGGGGACCUCAACUUCGACAACUGCUCCCGAGGUGACCAGCUCAACCAACGUCAUCGUCUCUUCGAGGUGUACCAAGACCCGUGUCGCCAAGGGCCUGGGCAGGACGUCCCCUGGGCCAUAGGGACCCUCCUCAAUUACCUGAAGAUCUAUGAGGAGCCAGUGUCCACCCCAGAGAGGAUGAAGAGGACGCUGUCACAGCCUGGGGGCCGUCAGCAGUUCCUGGCCGCCCCCAUCCUCUCCAGUGGCCACCCCGACCCCGCAGCCCCUGCUCCCUGGCAGGGCCGGCGCGUGGAUUACAUCCUGCACCGCCCACCCCACGGCGCUGCCCCACUGCGCUCGGAGGUGGCUGGGGUCUCCUUCAUCACCCAGUUGGCCACCUGCUCCGACCAUCUCCCUGUCGCUCUGCGCCUCAACAUCACCCCAACACGGACCUGACCCAACCGGCACUGAGUGGGGGGUCCGGUCCUGGCACCGGUCUGGUACCUGUCUGGCACUGGUCUGGCACCAUUCAGCAGCCAGAGUGCAAUAAAGGGCU